AAUUAUAUUCUAUUUAAAAUUCAGUUCGAUAGAUACUCACGUCCAGAGUAUGUCGUGGAUCGCGCAACCGACCGAAAACUAAUAAUUUAUUAGCCGAAGAAUGAAAAUUCUUAAUGGUAUAGCUUUUGCUGCUGUUUUUUCAACAAAUUUACUAAUAUUACAGGACACGAUAGCGUCGAGAGUGAGAGAGCGUAUAUUAUUAAGAGCGAUCUAACAACUUUUAAGUUAAAAAUCAAAAAAGAUUUAAACAGCAGACUGGAGUUGUUACAUAAUUCAUAAAGAGAACGAAAAAAAAAUAACUAGCGAAAAAAGCGUCACAAUAUUCCACACAAAGUCUCAAAUUCUUGCAUAUUAUUUUGAGCAGCACAUGGGUACUAAUUGAAAACCCGAUUAACAAAGGCUUGUUUGUGUUAUAUUAAACUCUCAGCAUGGGAGUUGCUGAAGAAUUCGCUCCCAGCUUUUUAAAGAAGCCACAACUUCGUCAAGAAGAUGAUGGUAAUCGGUUGAUAUUUGAGUGUCAACUACUCUCGUCACCUAAGCCGGAAAUUGAGUGGUACCGCAGUGAUAAUUUGCUAACAGAAAAUGAAAGAACCAAAUUUAAAAUACAACCAAUUGGUGAUAAUAAAUUCACAGUUAUAUUAGAGCUCGAUGAUGUGAUUGAAACGGACGCUGGACUUUACAAAGUUAAAGCCAAAAAUAAAGCAGGAGAAGUUUCAGCAUCAAUUAAUUUAAAUUUCAGACUUGGCAAAUUUGAAAUCAGCGAAUCCGCCCGGCAAAUCGACGGUUUCGCGCCGACAUUCGCGAAAAGGCCCGCUAUCCGACAGGAGGAUGAUGGAAAGCGUCUACUCUUUGAGUGUCAGGUUAAUGCAGAUCCUGUACCAACCGUUUCAUGGUUUCACAAUGGAAAUUCCGUUAAAGAAUCGUCAAGGCACAAAACGACAGUUCAAAAAGAUGGUCAUUCCUACUUUGCUUCAUUGGAAAUUAAAAAUGUCACAGUUGAAGAUGCCGGAAAAUAUAAAGUGAAUGCCAAGAAUGAGCUAGGAGAGAGUAAUGCUACAAUAAGCCUCAAUUUUGACAGCGAUGAAGCACCGGUGCCUGAAGACGGCAUUAAGCCUACAUUUACUGAGCGUCCAGUUAUACGCCAAAGUGAAGACGGCGGAAAUGUAACGUUUGAAUGCAGAUGUGUCGGAGAUCCAAAACCAACUGUGACAUGGUAUCACGGACAAGAGGAAAUCAAGGAAGGUGGAAGAUAUAUUAUGUCCUUAUCUCUGGAUCAAAAAUUGUACUACAUGGCUCGAUUAGAAAUUAGCAGUGUUAUGUCGAGCGAUCAAGGAGAAUACCGCGCCCGUGCGACAAAUCAGCACGGCGAAGGCUUGGCAACCAUCAAUUUAAGCUUUGAGAGCGGUUCGAAAAAAAUUCCCGAUGGUAAAUCACCACGUUUUCCGAAAAAACCAACCAUACGACAAGAUGACGACAUAUUAAUAAUGGAAUGUAUAUUAGAAGCACAUCCGGUUCCAGACGUAACAUGGCACUGUGCUGAUAAGAAAAUUGAAGAUUCUAAACGUGCAAAGAUGUCGAGAAAAUCAAUUUCCAAGGAAAUGUAUGUUUUAACAUUGGAGAUACUGAACCCCACAACGGACGACGGUGGGAAUUACCGGUGCAAUGCCGUUAACAUGUACGGCGAAAGUAAUGCUAAUAUUGCACUAAAUUUCCAAGGUGUCAAUGAUGUUAAUGGAUUUGCCCCAUCGUUCAUCGAGAAACCACGAAUAAUUCCAAACGAGUCCGGUACAUUGAUUACAAUGAAAUGCAAAUGCAAAGCGAAACCCGAACCCACUGUCCGUUGGUAUAGAGGCACACAAUUGAUUAGUGAAGGGAAAAAACUUAAGAUCAAAUCGACUAUGAUUGCGGAAGACACUUUCGAAUUAACUUUAGAGAUACAGGAUCCCGGGGCAUCUGAUGGUGGCACUUAUCGUUGCAACGUACAAAAUGAAUAUGGCGAAUCAAAUGCAAAUCUUAAUCUGAAUAUCGAAGCUGAUCCAGAGCCAGAAGGUGAAGGGCCUACGUUUAUAGAAAAACCGCGUAUCGUUUCCGAAAAUCAAGGCAAACUGGUCAUAAUGGAAUGCAAAGUUAAGGCUGAACCGAAGCCAGAUAUUAUUUGGUAUCGUAAUGGUCAUGUGAUACAGGAAAAUAGCAAAAUUAAGAUGUUUAUGGAGCAGCGCGGAGAUCAAUACUAUAUUAAGCUGGAGCUGAUAGAUCCCCAGUUAGAAGAUUCUGGUCUUUAUAAAUGCAAUAUCAAAAAUACAUUGGGAGAAUUAAACGCAAACUUGACGCUAAAUAUUGAAAUCGUUCCUGUUAUUAAAGACAAGCCAAAAAUUAUAAAGAUUAUUAAUAGACGCGCUGUGGUUAUUGAAUGCACAGUAGCUUCCAAAUUUGAGCCAAAGUGCACUUGGUACAAAGAAGAGACAGCAGUUAACGAAAGCAAGCGUCAUGCUUACCUCGUCGAACAAACAAAGGAAGGCGAAUUUGCUGUCAAAUUGGAAAUCAAUGAAGUCGAGGAAACUGAUAAGGGUUCCUACAAAUUGAUAGCGCGCAAUGAGAAGGGCGAGGCGGUAUCACAGAUUGUCCAAUUCAUAGAUAUUCCAGAAGAGGAGCGUAAGCCCACUAAACCAGAGCUUGUUAAAAGGCUUGCAGAUCAAACUGUAACCGAAGCGAAGUCAUUUGAAUUGCUGAUUUCAUUAAAACAGAGUGAUCGCAAGUGUAAAAUCGAAUGGUACAAAGGUGUCACACUUAUCAAAGAAACUAAAGAGAUCACAACCACAUUUGACGGUGUUAAUGCUCGUUUAACCUUUAGCACAGCGCGUCAAGAGCAUUCCAGCAAUUAUAAGGUGGUAGUAAUCAAUGAGGCUGGUAAGACGGAAUCAAUUUGUAAAAUCACCGUCGCCAAGAAGGAUUCGAAGAAAAAAGACAUCGAAAAGGAUGCAGAAGAGAAACGAAAGGAAGAGGAAGAAGCAUACCAACCGGAAAAUGAAGUGAAACCGAAAGAAACGAAAGAGUCCGAGUUCCAGGAAGCAAAGAAAGAGCAAAACGUCAAUAUCGAAGAUAAAGCAAGAGAUGUUGAGAAAGAAGAUAAGAAAAUUAUUGAACAAUUUAUAAUGGAUGAACAAAAGAAAUCGCAUGAGCACGCAAGGGAAAAAAUAGAAGAAAUUUCAGAGAAGCCAAAAGAAAAAAAACCAGCGGAGGAAGAGCCAAAAGAGAUGCAACCUGAAAUAACCGCCAUUAGGAAAACUGAACGAAAGGCUCUGGGGAAGAAGCAAGAAAUUACGAUUAUAGAUGACGGGGAAGUGUCAUCCAGGCGCUCAUCGUUUGUGCAAAUUGAACAGAGCACCGUGGAGUCGCGUAAAUCAUCCAUUAUAGAAAAGGCGGCACUUGAGAAACCCGAAAAUAAGACAUUUGAAGCGAAUAAAAGUCCAAAGCAAUUUAAAGAAGAAAUACCAAAACUUAAGUUCGCUGAAAAACGAAAUAUUCCAAAGCAAGUGCAAGAAGAGAAGGCUAUAGUGGAAGAGCUACCAAAGUUACGUAAGACCUCUAUAGCCACUCCAAAAGAAGAAUCAAAACAAGAGCCUGCUAAGACUAAAGCGAAAGCGAAACCUAAGACAAAGCCCAAAUAUGAGGAACUACCAGAGAUUCCAGACUAUGAAAGACCAGUGCUGGAAAAAUAUGAAAAGUCAGAUUUCGAAGCAAGUGAUUUUGGUCGUGAACUUGACAUACCUUCAAAAAUGGAUAAGCCAGUAUUGGAAAUAGAGGAAAAGGCACCUGAAAAAGUUGUAUUGAAAAAUGGUGUGGCGAAGAAAGAGAAUGUUGAUCACAUCCCAGUUGAACAGCCCCAAGGCCAUAAAGUAGGCAAAGGCAAAAUACCAGAAGACAUGACUGGUGUUGACUCAGCGUCUUUGCGCCCAGUAAUUAUCGAACCAGAGGCAAAGGCGCCAAAAAAUUUUGCUCCAGCUGAGAUUCUUAAUGCAAACAAGCAUUUUCAGGACGGUAGUCAAUCACUUAAGGGGCUUAUUAAUCAACGCCGUCGCUCGUCGGUGCGAAAUCUAAUGCCAAAAGAGCCUAUUGAAAACGAAAGCUUUUUGGGUGUUGUUCUAAAGCCAGUAACAAAAGACCUAAAAGAUGAGCACGACCCACAGCAAACCCAAGCAAUGCUAAAGGAAACGGUGAAAGAAGGCAAGAUGAUGAGUGCGCCUGGCAAGACCAAGAUUUAUGUUUUAAAAAAACCUGAAGGUUUGCCAAUAAGCGUCGACAAAUAUAAGCGUCCUGAUAUAGAGAAAUAUGAAGAAAUGGAAUUUGAAAAGAGCAAAAAGGAUAAACUUGAAAAUAAAGAUGAACCUAAAAGUGACAUACUAAAGGUUCAAACCUCUGUGCCACAACCGUCAAAGGAUGAUAAGCCAACAACGCCAAAAAUACAACCACCGGCUCCAGGAGAGCCACCUAAAAUCGAGGUUGUACGUGAAAAAAGACCUUCACUUGCACCUGAACCUGCAAGUCGUCGUGGCUCACUGAUACCACCUGAGAUGGGACGCCGCCCAUCGCUUAUAAUAAAUGACGAGAAGAAACUGCGACCAGGUGAAGUGGCGGAUAACAGGGUAAGUAGCUAAGCAACAACACAUACCUGCUAACCUUUUGGCAAAACUCGCGAAACCCUCCAGUACAUAAAAGUACCAUGCUUUUUUUAACUUUUGAUGUCCUAUAAAAUGACUAUUUUAAGUUUUAGAUCAGAAAUAUAUCAGUUUCAUAUAAAUAAAUUUUCGAAAUGUGGAAAAAUAAAUAACUGAAAUUUCAGGAGAAAUUAUUUUAUUUUAUUUUAUAUUAGAUCAUUUACAAUAAACUGAAAUAUUAUUGAUUGACCGUUAGAGUUCAAGACUUUGUUGAAACAUUUUCGAGCUGUUCGAGGAUUUGAACUACUUCUUAGAGUGUUUUAUGGAAAAAUCAUAUAAUUUUUCUUUACCCAAAGUGCUUAUGCAAAAUAAAAACAUCGUCGAAAUAUCGAAAAAUAAAAUAUAAUUGUUGCUCUAUGACUCCACAUGUUCAAAUAUUGAAAGAAAAAAAUAUUCAGCAGUUGCGCAUUGAACAAGUUUUAAUCAUGUACCUACGGCUACUCGUAUCAUAAAUCUACUGCUUUCCACUUGUGCACGAAGGAAUUUUUAGAUUUUUGGAAUAAUACAAAUCAAAUUUCUCUCCAGAACCAUUCUCAACUAAUGUUUUGAUGACCAGCUGAAAGUUUCUUUUGUAUACGUAUUGUAUAUGUAUGUAUACAUUAUUACAUUAUUAGAAAUAUUCGCAUAAAUCCUUUUUAAUAUACAUUUUUACUUAAAUGUAAACAACGUCUUGAAUAAAGAUACUUCCUAAUUACAAUUUAUACAUACUGUAUUUUUGACAUAUGGUAUGUAGAUUUUAUCUAUACUUAAAUAAAUCAAACUAUGUUUCAAUAGAUUUAAAAUAUAUUCAAAAAUAUACAAACAAUUUAUAAUUUCAAAGCAAAAAAGGAACUUUACGCAUGCUAAUACACGUUUGUUUUUAAUUCUGUUGUACUGAUUCCUUAGGGGUAUUUGCUUGACCUUGCACGAUGCAAAACCGUUACAUAUUUGAUAACAAAUGACACAGUUUAUUUGAAGUUUCAAACUUCUGCGAAUGAAGAGAAGUUUUGAGUUUGUUUUAUGAAUGCCGCAUACCUCCGAAAAAGACAGAAUAAUUGAUUUUAUUAUUGGAGCAGCUGCUUUAGAUAUUCUGCAUAAGGAUGGUAAUUAUUUACUUGAUUUGUUAAACUUUAAAAAAUAUACUUUUACAAGCAUUUACUUCGUCACACUUUAUUGCAAGAAAAUAAAUACGGCGUCAGUCGUAGCAUAUUUUGCAGCUAUUGCAUAAAAUUUUUAACGUGUGUUUGGUUUUUGUGGUAUUGCAGGUAUUGUAUUUAAACAAUCCAUGCAAUCCGUGCACCGUCUCAUGCUUAUGCAAGGUAAAGAGAAUACCCCUAUUAUUCGGUACACAAUUUCUUCAAAAGUUGUACUAAGCAAAUGCUGUUACUAAGGCUGUUGCAAACUUUAUGAAAUUUAAUUCAAUUUCAAUUCGUAUCGUUUUUUAAAUACGAAUACUUUUUUGGAUUAAACAAAACAACAAACUUUUAAGAAUCUUUAUAUAGAAGAACCGUUAAUAAUAGAUGUCUUCAAAUGGUAGCGGCUCUAGAGUAAUGGCCAAAAAUUAAUUGUAGCUGAAUUUUAACGAUGUACGAGUAGAUGUACGCAUUUCAGAACAUUCGCAUAACACCUUCUCUAAAUCCUAGUGUUUCAUUGCUAUCGUAGCGUAUUUUUGUUCUUUUUUUUUACAUUUUAAGGUGGUGAAAUAUUUCAUAAGUGCUUAGAAGCAGUCCACUCAGGUACACGCUCAUUAUUCAAUCCAAAUACAAAAUACAUGCCGUAAAUUUUGUAUUCCAACAAAUUUUGUAUAAUUAUGAAUAUAUAUAUUUUGUAUCAGGGAAAUAUUUAAAGAACUUAAGAUAAGCACCUCUGGAUAAACUUCAAAAUGAUAAUAAUAUACUUCGAAAGAGGAAUACGAGAUAUUAUUAGUUAACGCAAAAGCGUUCAAAAUUUUUUUUUAAUCCUUUCUUAUUAUUAUUGUUAUUAAGCUCUAUUAUUAUUAUUAUUAUUGAAACUUCGAUCCGUUAGAAGCAGAUGUUUUCGAAACAAAAUGAAAUCGUUAACUUUGAAGCAGCACAGAAUUUUCGUUAAUGUUACCUUCGAAGUACACAUUGUUAUGAUUUUACUAAAUCAACCUCGAUGAUAUUCUGAAUCCUUCGGGUACGAU